GUCUUAAAACUCAACGAGGAUCGCCGAGCCCCAAAUUUCCCCGCGAAAUGGCGAGCGCGACGGCGGAGAAGACGGCGGAGGAGCUCCGCAGAGAGAUCGCCGAGCUCCAACGCCAGCAAAGGGAGAUCACCGAGAGGCUUCGAGAUCCCCGCGGAAUCCGACGCUCCGGCGCCUCCGUAACGCCCGCGGGCCCCACCGGCCCUCGGAAGCGCGGCGUUAUGGCUAGGCCGGUGUUCAGAUAUCCGAUUUUGAGAUCAGCCGGCGCGAACGGCGUUGUUCAUGCGGCUGUUGUUAAGUUGGAAGAUGGAGAAAUCAAAGAAGGUGCUGGUGAACCAAAAGAUACCAGAGAGGAUUUGGCACCAGAGUCGGGGGCUGCUCCAGCUGGGGAGAACGGCAAGCCAAUGCCAAACAAACAGGUCAAUAGUGGGUUCAGAAAGGAUGGAAAUCCACGGAUGAGAAAGAUGGACUAUGAUGCUUUGCCGACAGAGCCUGUACCGAGGGUUUUGCCAAAGGAUGAGGACCCAAGAUUGGUUAAGCGUAACAGAAGAAUGCUAGGACAGCUCCUAGGGACACUAGAGAAAUUCCGAGAAGAAGACAAACAUCUGUCAUCCACUGAAGCGUACAUGCGCAGGUCAGACUCAUUACGGCGGGCUGAAGAAAAGGCCCGAGAGGAAAGUGAAAGGCUGCGGCAACAAGAGAGGGAACAAAUUGCUGAGAAACGUAGGCGUGAUUUGACUUUACGAGCUCGUGUUGCUGCUAAGGCAGAGCAAAAGAAGAUGGAGCUGCUGUUUAUUCUUUGGUCUGAGCAUCAUAAAAAGCUGAGCAAUUUCUUAAGGACUAAAACAGAACCUCCAAUAUACUACAUGCCGGUCAAGCCAUUAAUUGAGGAUGCAGCUACUGUUGAACGGAAGAAAGAACAGGUAUUCCAUGAAUGGAAGACCACAAGAAGAGCAGAGCUUUCCGAAUACCAAAAACAAAUCGAAGAGAAUUACAUAUCAAACGUUGACGAAGAGCUCGAGAAGUGGCAGAGCUUGAGGAACAGACAAAGAUCAAACAACAACAACAAUGUUAAUCUGCAAGAGACGAUGGACAAGGAGCUGGAGACUCACAGGCUUGAGCACGGUCCCAAGCCUCGCAGAAUCCCAGGAAGCAACGAUGAAGAGGAGGACGUUGAGGAUAUUGUUGCUGAGGACGAACUCAUGGACGAGGUCCUUGGAGUUGUCGCUGAGAGGGUUGAUGGUGGUAAUGUUUCGAAAUUGGCUGAAGGGGGUAAUGCCAGCCCAAACCCUGUAGAGGUGCAGUAGAGAGCAAAUUAUUACAGAGUAUUUUAAGUUAAUUGAUUAAGGACCCUUGGAUCUGUAAUUCUGAUGUUUUUUUUUUUUGCUACAUUUGUUAUCUUCUAUUUUGACUAUCUGAAUUCCUGUUCAAAAAAAUUGUGGGUUCUCUGUAGCUGAAGUGUGCCAUUCGUUGUGGAUCCAUCGAAUCCGAGUCUGUAAGUUGUUUUGGCCACAGCAAUAGUUGGUCUCUGGUUACAUCUUA